ACCACCUAGCUGCCCUAGUCUUUAAAUUUUAAAAGUGUAUUCCUUGGCAAGAGCAAGGCCAUGAAGCUGUGCUUGCAGGAUUUCAGGCACUGAGGCAUGGAAGUAGGUCCUGUAGACACUAUGGGAAGAUACAGAGGAAGGAGCAUGUUGUGGUAGCAAGAGUACUGGUUUUAGAGACAAGUAACCAUAUCUGAGUCUAACUAGAGCCUCUGGCAAGUUACUUUCCCUCUCUGGGCCUCAGUUUCCUGAUCUAUAAAAUAUUGGGGGAGAGUCAUAGUUUAAAAUUGUAUUACAUAAUCUCUAAAGUCCCUUUUUUUAGCUCUAAACCCUAAAUUCUUAUGAAGGUUACAGUGGAAUAAUUCCAGCCCAACCAGGGACAAGGUGCAAUCUGAUGGAGUUUGGAGGGUUAAGGAAGGUAGAUCCAAAAUACAAAGGGUUAACUUAAAGGAAGAUGAGCCUAAAGGCAGAUUUCCUUCUUAGAUUAGAAAGGGAGGGGGAACUACUGUAGUGGACAGUUUGGACUGAGUUCCAAAUGGGACUUGUCAAAGGGAUUGGGGUGACCUGGUUUUUUGUUUUUGUUUUAUGUUGGGAUUCCUAUCACUUAGUAUAUUGCAUUGCACAUAGUAGGCACUUAAUAAAAGUUUAAGAGAGAUGGGGAAUCUAGGAAGAGGGCCCCAUGACUUGUCCCUCACCUCCCUUGUGCUCAGACGGGCCAGAAGGUCAGUGCCCCUGUUUCCUACCCUCCCUCCUUCCCCCCAGGGCAACCUUUAACCCACUACAUCCCAUGCCCAGCAAGGGUGCCCGCCUCUCAGCUGACUCCCCAGAGUUCUCAGAAUCACGGAGCAGAGAGCUGCCCCACAAUGGAGGGUCUGUGCUCACUGACUCUAAUGCUGCUGUUGUUGUGGCCACCUGAGACCUGGGAGGGACUGGCCUCUCAACCUCCUCUUCCCACAAAGAUCUCCAGGGAUCCUGCUGUUCUCCACCUUGGUAGUGGUACUGGGCUAGAGCCUAUCACCAUCAUGACUUUUGACCUCACCAAGGUCACUAGAGCCAUCUCCUCCUUUGACCUUCGGACCUGGGACCCAGAAGGAGUGAUUUUUUAUGGGGAUACAAAUCCCAAAGAUGACUGGUUUAUGCUAGUACUUCGGGGUGGCCGACUUGAGAUACAGCUCCACAACUUUUGGGCCCAGCUCCCAUAGUGAGCUGGGCCCCGGCUAGAUGAUGGAUGCUGGCACCAGCUGAAACUCAAGAAUCAGGAGGAUUCUGUGAUCCUGGAGGUGGAUGGUGAUGAGGUGCUGAGGCUGAGCCAAGUCUCUAGGCCCCUGGCCGGGACUGCUCUCCCCACAAUGAGGAUUGCUGUGGGGGGCUUGCUCUUCCCCCUCACUGACCUUCGUCUCCUGCUGAUUCCUGCCCUGGAUGGUUGUCUCCGAAGAGACAUCUGGCUGAAUCAGCCUGGCAACACUGCACCCUUCAGCCACCCUCCUCAGGGGGCUUGCAACCCUGAGGCCCAGCCAGGAACCUUCUUACCCCCAGGUGCCCACACAGUGUUCAGCCUGCAAGACCUCCCCCAGCCAGAUGUGGACCCCUGGGCCUUCUCCUUGGAGCUCCGACUUCAGUUUUUCAGGGGCUCAGGAUGCCUCCUUACCCUCGGUAUCCUGGCCAAUCAAUCCCUGCUCAGCCUUGACCUUCAAGACCAAAUUUUGGUGCUUUCUGCUAGGUUACCACUGGAACUGGAGGUGCUUUCUAAGUCAUUGCCUCUGAGCCCAGGGCGUCUGCUUCAACUUGAGCUGGGCUUGACCAGGGUAACACUGAGUCAGGGGCCACAGGAAGUGGCACUUAUUGUGCCCCCUGUACUCCUAAUCUCCCUUCUAGACCUCUGGACCCAACCUAAGGGGAACCUCAUCCUGGGAGUGGCACCAGGAGAGGCCUCUUCUGUCUCUUUCUGUCUGGAUGGGCUUCGGGUCCAGGGCAAGGAGCUGGACGUGGAUCAGGCUCUGAGCCGAAGCAAGAACAUCUGGACUCACAGCUGUCCACGGAGCCUGAACAACAGUACUAACACACCUCAUUAAACUUCCUUGAAAAGAGCUCCUUAAAUUACCUCCUUCUGCUUGCAACUCAUCGGACACCACCUGUCUCUCCUUCCCCAUCCUCCAACCCAAGGGCCCCAACAUGAAUGGUGAAAAAAGAACAUAGUACUUUGAGUCAGAGAUCCUGAAUUAAAUCCCAACUCUACUGUUUACUACCUGUAUGACCUCAGGGAAGUCAUCAGUUUAAAAAAAAAAUAAAAAAGGUGGUGUGCUAAA